AUGUUUGCCCGUCUACACCCAGAUGCGAUCCCAACCCCCCUAAAGACCGAUUCUCCCGCCCCUCUGAAAUCUUUCAAACGUCGUCUAUUCCUGGACGACGACGACGAUGAUGUGCGCCCACCUUCUCCCAAGAAACAUAGAAAGACACAUUAUUCCGUUGCCCCGCUUUUCGAUAAAUACAGGAGGCCAAGGGCGAACGAAGAAGACCAGAUUCCAAGCCACGUCCAUAACCGACGACAGCGUCUUAGCCCUUCCCCUGACCCUGAUCCACCGCUGGUCUCGGAGCUUGGUGGUAAGUUGAAUAUUCCUGCAUUAUAUUCCCCACUAACUCCCACCCUAGAGCGCUACGCCAACCUCCGCGCAACAGUCCAUAGCGCCGCCAUAGCUUGCCUCGAAGAAGCCGAAGCAGAACUAGUCGCACAAAGCGAGGCCAAUAUCCGCGCCAACCGGCAGAAAAUGGCCGCUCUCGAGGCCCAAAUCAACAAACUCAUCUCUCCCCUCCAGGACCUAACAAUCGACUACACAGCCACCGGCGAAGACGGCCGCGAGCGCACCGCCGCAGCGGAAGCUCAGGCCGAGAUCGAGGACCUCGGCGAAGAGAUGCUAUCACGGAAGGGAUCGGACGGCGCCGCAGACGAGAUACGUCUGAGCGGGGCUAGCGUAGUAAGCAGAAUAUCGCCAUCCGCCUCAGCCUCCCACGUCGAAGCUCUGGCUAGAUUCGGCAUGGAUCUAGAUAGAGCGAGCAAGGACGUCGUGGAUGAGAUGACGACGUACGAGGAGAAAUUUCUUAAGGAGAUUGAGAAGGAGGCCGGGAACAUUCUGCAUUCGUUCCUGAACCGCUGA